UGUAGCUCACCUAAGCUUGCGCCACCGGAGAAGACGACGACGAGCUCGAGCAGUCGUCCGCCGAUCGGUCGAGCUAGGUCGCGAUUGGUCUGCUCGCUCGCUCGCCCGCCGCCAUGGGCAAGUACCUCAGGAGCAGCUGCAAGCAGCCGCAGCCGCCGGCAGACGUCGACGGCGGUGCCGGUGCCGCGGCGGCGUGCUCGUACUCGUACCUGACGCUGCGCAGCGGGCGGCGGGUGCCGGCGGCGGGAGGCAGCCCGAGGAGGCGUCACCGCCGCGGACGCCGGUGCGCCAAGAACGGUGCGAGCGCGCGACAGUGUGGGGUGAAGUCGCCGUCCUCCUCGGCGUCCCGGCAGCUGCGGUGCAAGGCGUCGCCGUCGCCGUCGCUGCAGGGGAAUUAUUCCGUCGUCGUCGUCUCCGGCGACAGCUGUGCAGAAAGAAACGUUUUGAAGCCAAAUAAUUUUUGUUCCGGCGAGGUCGUGGAACACGACGGCGAGCACAGCCGUGUCGCCGGCCGGCCGCGGCCUCCGCCGGAAGCGGAGAUCGAGGCGUUCUUCGCCGCGGCGGAGCUCGCCGAGCGCCGGCGAUUCGCGGAGACGUACAAUUACGACAUUGCCCUCGACCGCCCGUUGCAAGGCCGCUUCGAGUGGUCGCCGGUGAGCACGUGAACUGGUCAGGGGCAGAAGUGUCAACUCACACUCAUGUCACCACAAGAGAUGCAGCUCAAUUAGCAGCUAUCUGGGAGAGGAAAAAAAACUGUAUGGAGUUAGUGAUCAAUCUUGUUUUUCUCCUGCUAAUUAGUAGCUCUCUAAUUCUCCAUUAGGGAGCUAAUUAAUUACUCUGAUCCUGUACUUGUCAGUUCUCACUGCUACCAUAGUAUAUCUCAGGCUCUGUCAAUUAAUCUUGUGUAUAGCUGGUAGGGGGUUAAUUAAGGAUAAUGCAGAUGAUUUGGAGGAUGCUUCUGAUGAGCUCCCCUCUUGCCAAUCAAUUUUUCUUCCAUUUAGUUAAUUUCUCCUCAUUCAUGAUUUAUUACU